ACGACGUGGCUCCUUGCCCGAGACUCGUUCAAGUCGGGACAAUGCAACUGUGGAGCGGAGCGACGCAGGGGCCAAUACACUAAUAAUGCCCCAAUCUCUCGUUCGCUUCAUGGUUGCACUUAAAAACGCGACUUCGUUCAGGCACGGGGCAACGGCUGCAGGCGUCGGUGGAGCCCAGACCCUGAACCCCAGCUUUGGAUGCGAACUUCAGUUAAGUUUGACGCCUCUGGGCUGCUGCUACCCUUUCGACACUCCUCGACAACCUUCAACGAUCCGUCGUUCAACAACUCGCUAUUUACUGCGAUCUAAAGUCCGACCUCCUCGCCGCCAUCAACGUUCGCUUGCAUAUCCCUUGAAUAUGCCUUCGGUCGCCCAGGAAUCACCGACCGUUCAGUCCUCCAAGAAGCGGAGGCGGGACGAUAACGAUCACCAGAUGCACCCUGCCCAAAACAGCCCCCGUGGAAUGUACGCAGACAAGACCUUCCACCAUGGCGAUUUCUUCCAUCCCUCAACUCCCUUGGCAGCUCGCAAAAGCCUUGCCCUCCCACUCGGAAAGCGGCCGCGCGCAGCUGUGGAAGCAGAUUUCGAAGCAGACGGCGAAUUGAUGCGACAUCUUCCGUACUAUUCUCCUUCCAGAGAAUUCCGACAAGAGGAACAACACCACCCGCACCAAGACUAUGCGCAAGCCGAGCAACGAACUCGCAGCGAGAAAAUCUCCACCACAACAUCAUCAGGGACCUCGAGCCACACCUCCUCCGCACUUCUCAUGAGUCGUUGCCACAUCUGCUCCCGCAAACCCAACAAGAAAUCCGAUCUUGAUUCCUUCGCCGACUGCCAAGGGUGCGGCCAGCGCACAUGCUACGUAUGCAUUCGCGAGUGUCUCGGCUGGGGACUCGGUAGCGGUGCUCCCACAGGCAGUGUACAGACACAGACAGAACCUUCGUAUCAGUUAGCGGCCACGCUGUCGACGACAUCAGCAACAGGGACACCUGUGGAGGAAGGGGAGGCAUCCUUUACGAUGCUCGACGCAGAUGACAAAGACCAGCAACAACAACCGCAACACGCCCAGAGCGAGGGCGGAACUUUACCAGCACAGGAACAAGGGUGGAUGACAGGCUCGAAGCACAGGCAGGUUGUCUGCAGUCGGUGCUGUGUCGAAAGGGGAGAGGACGGCGAAGUGGUAUGCUUGGGGUGUUUGCCGUUCGUUGAGGGCUGAACGAAAGAGGACCUGUUGUUCCAUGACAAAAACCUGUUGGUUUGCAUGGAUGAGCUCACGCGGCGUCCUCUGUGGAGAGAUAUCGGAUUGCCUGUCCCCCCCCCGAGGGCGACUUUCCAACCUCCAUCGACGACACUGGCCCCCCAUUAACAGUCUGAACGGCUUCGUUGGGGUGGCCUACGAUAAGGACAGGGAUCCUCGUGGCCGAUCAAAGCACCGCCCGGAUACAAGUACGGAGGGGGCGGGCCGAGAGAACGCCUUAAUUGGAGAGGAGAAACGUCUUCAAUCACCUUUCCAAAGACCGAGCCGAGGACAUCAACGCCUUCAGAGGUAGAAGAUGCGACGAGAAGAUACCAAAAGUGGCAACCGAAAGGAAAACAAGGCCAAGGAAGCGGGACGGAUCUCGGGUUGGUGAAUUGGGCAAGUCACAGACCGAGGAU